AACCCUCCCAAAACUGGGAAAACUCUUCUUAAAAUUAAGAGAACUCUCCCAAACUUGGGAAAACCCUCCCAAAACCAGGAAAACCCUCCCAAAACCGGGGAAAACCCUCCCAAAAUUUGGAAAGCCCACCCAAAAGCGUGGGCUGAGCGCCGUGCCCGUGUCCCCAGGCGGGCCGUUCGGCGCCAGGCCAUCCGGCACCCCACGCGCAUCGACAAGGAGCGGGGGCCCACCAAGGCCACCACCACCAAGCUGGUGUACCACAUCUUCGACACCUUCUUCUCGGAGCAGAUCGAGAAGGACGAGCGCGAGGAGGACAAGGAGAACUCCACCAAGCGCCGGCGCUGCGGCGUCUGCGAGGUGUGCCAACAGCCCGAGUGUGGCAAGUGCAAGGCCUGCCAGAACAUGGUGAAGUUCGGGGGCAGCGGGAGGAGCAAGCAGGCCUGCCUGCAGAGGAGGUGUCCCAACACUGGCCGUGAGGAGGCAGAUGAGGACGAGGAGGUCGACGACAACGUCCCCGAGGUGCCCUCGCCCAAGAAGAUGCUCCAGGGCAGGAAGAAGAAGCAGAACAAGAGUCGGAUCUGCUGGGUGGGGGAGCCCGUCAAGAGGGAUGGCAAGAAGGAUUACUACCAGCGCGUCUGCAUCGACUCGGAGACGCUGGAGGUCGGCGACUGCGUCUCCGUCAGCCCCGACGACCCCACCAAGCCCCUCUACCUGGCCAGGGUGACAGCCAUGUGGGAGGACAGCAGCGGGCAGAUGUUCCACGCGCACUGGUUCUGCCCGGGCUCGGACACGGUGCUGGGGGCCACCUCGGACCCUCUGGAGCUCUUCCUGGUGGACGAGUGCGAGGACAUGCAGCUCUCCUACAUCCACGGCAAGGUCAACGUGGUCUACAAGGCGCCCUCCGAGAGCUGGGCCAUGGAGGGAGGGCAGGACAUGGAGGUGAAGGCGGUGGAGGACGACGGCAGCACCUACUUCUACCAGCUGUGGUACGACCAGGAGUACGCGCGCUUCGAGAGCCCGCCCGACGCCCGCCCCGCCGACGACAACAAGUACAAGUUCUGCCUGAGCUGCGCCCGCCUGGACGAGGUGAGGCACAAGGAGAUCCCCAGGGUGGCCGAGCCCUUGGGGGAGGAGGACGGGAAGAUUUUUUACGGCUCGGCCACCAAGAACGGCGUCCGCUACCGCGUGGGGGACGGGGUCUACCUCCUGCCCGAGGCCUUCUCCUUCAGCGUGAAACCGGCCAGCCCGGCCAAGAGGCCCAAGAAGGAGGCUGUGGACGAGGAGCUGCACCCCGAGCACUACAGGAAAUACUCGGAGUACAUCAAGGGCAGCAACCUGGACGCCCCCGAGCCCUUCCGCGUGGGGAGGAUCAAGGGCAUCUUCUGCAGCCUCCGCAGCAACGGCAAACCCAACGAGGCCGACAUCAAGAUCAGCGUCUACAAGUUCUACAGGCCGGAGAACACCCACAAGUCCACCAAGGCGGGCUACCACGCCGACAUCAACCUGCUCUACUGGAGCGACGAGGAGGCCACCGUGGAGUUCCGCGCCGUGCAGGGAAAGUGCUCGGUGGUCUACGGGGAGGACCUGGCCCAGAGCAUCCAGGAGUACUCCCUGGGGGGGCCUGACCGCUUCUACUUCCUUGAGGCUUACAACGCCAGGACCAAGAGCUUCGAGGAUCCCCCGAACCACGCCCGCAGCUCCGGGAACAAAGGGAAAGGGAAAGGGAAAGGGAAAGGGAAAGGCAAAGGGAAGGCCCCGAGCCCCGAGCGGGGUGAGGAGGAGGAGGAGGCCGAGCCCAAAGCCCCCAAACUGCGGACCCUGGACGUGUUCUCGGGCUGUGGGGGCCUCUCCGAGGGUUUCCACCAGGCAGGAGUCUCAGAGACGCUGUGGGCUGUGGAAAUGUGGGAACCAGCUGCCCAGGCCUUCCGCCUGAACAACCCCGGGGCCACGGUGUUCACCGAGGACUGCAACGUCCUCCUCAAGCUGGUGAUGGGGGGCGAGAGGACCAACUCCCUGGGCCAGAAGCUGCCCCAGAAGGGGGACGUGGAGAUGCUGUGCGGGGGACCCCCCUGCCAGGGCUUCAGCGGCAUGAACCGCUUCAACUCCCGCACCUACUCCAAGUUCAAGAACUCCCUCGUGGUUUCCUUCCUCAGUUACUGUGAUUAUUACCGACCUCGCUUCUUCCUGCUGGAAAACGUCCGGAAUUUCGUGUCCUUCAAGCGCUCCAUGGUGCUCAAACUCACCCUGCGCUGCCUCGUCCGCAUGGGCUACCAGUGCACCUUCGGGGUGCUGCAGGCAGGGCAGUACGGGGUGGCCCAGACCCGCCGCCGGGCCAUCGUGCUGGCGGCGGCCCCCGGGGAGAAGCUGCCGAUGUUCCCCGAGCCCCUGCACGUCUUCGCCCCCCGCGCCUGCAAGCUCAGCGUGGUGGUGGACGACAAGAAGUUCGUCAGCAACAUCACCAGGACGUAUUCCGGGCCUUUCCGCACCAUCACGGUUCGGGACACGAUGUCGGACCUGCCUGAGAUCCGGAACGGGGCCUCUGCCCUGGAGAUCUCGUACAACGGGGAGCCCCAGUCGUGGUUCCAGCGGCAGAUCCGCGGCUCCCAGUACCAGCCCAUCCUCAGGGACCACAUCUGCAAGGACAUGAGCGCGCUGGUGGCGGCGCGGAUGCGGCACAUCCCGCUGGCGCCCGGCUCCGACUGGAGGGACCUGCCCAACAUCGAGGUGCGCCUGUCGGACGGCACCACCACCCGCAAGCUGCGCUACACCCACCACGAGAGGAAGAACGGCCGCAGCAGCUCCGGAGCACUGCGCGGCGUCUGCUCCUGCGCCGAGGGGAAGCCGUGUGACCCGGCCGACCGGCAGUUCAACACCCUCAUCCCCUGGUGCCUCCCCCACACCGGCAACCGGCACAACCACUGGGCGGGGCUCUACGGCCGCCUGGAGUGGGACGGCUUCUUCAGCACCACCGUCACCAACCCCGAGCCCAUGGGCAAGCAGGGCCGGGUGUUGCACCCCGAGCAGCACCGCGUGGUGAGCGUGCGGGAAUGCGCCCGUUCCCAGGGAUUCCCGGACACCUACCGGCUCUUCGGGAACAUCCUGGACAAGCACAGACAGGUCAGCCCACGCCCUGCCACCCUGGGGUCCCCAUGUCCCCAUGUCCCCAUGUCCUGGAGUCCCAGUGUCCCCAGUGUCCCAUUAUCCCGUUAUCCCAUUGUCCUGUUAUCCCAGUGUCACCAGUAUCCCAUUAUCCUGGUGUCCCACUAUCCCAUUAUCCCAGUGUCACUGCUGUCCCAUUGUCCUGUUGUCCCAGUGUCACCAAUAUCCCAUUAUCCCAUUGUCCUGGUGUCCCAUUAUCCCAUUAUCCCAUUGUCCUGUUAUCCCAGUGUCACCAGUGUCCCAUUAUCCCAUUAUCCCAUUGUCCUGUUAUCCCAGUGUCACCAGUGUCCCAUUAUCCCAUUAUCCCAUUGUCCUAGUGUCCCAGUGUCCCAUUAUCCCAUUAUCCCAUUGUCCUGGUGUCCCUGUUGUCCCUGAUGUCCCCAUUAUCCCCAUUGUCCCCACUGUCCCCAUU